UUAAAAAAAUGUUCGUUUUUUCGUGAAGAUUUUGUACAGUAGGGGUUUGCUUAUUAUGAAAAAAGGUCAACCUGUUGUGACAGCGAAUCAUGUAGCAGACGAUGAUUUAAACCAAUGUUCGGAAUCCCAGUGUAUGAUCCACGCUCAUUAUGUUUUACAAAUAUUACAAAUUCACCGCAAAAGUGGAAUGUUUUGUGAUAUUUUAGUAAGGACAAACGACCAAACAUUUCACGCCCACAGGUCCCUUCUUGCCGCAUGCAGUUUGUAUUUUAGAAGCAACUUACCCACCGAUCCAAACAACCAAGUUUACGAAGUCGUUCUACCUCAAGUUACAUCAGUUGGAUUCGAUGUCCUGCUUAACUACAUGUAUACCGGGAUCCUUGGGAUUAACAGUGAAAAUAUUAAGGAUGUUAUUUCGGGAGCUAUGGCUCUUAAGAUGACAAACGUGGUAGAGACUUGCUAUCAGUUUGUUAAUUCAUCGCAAUAUAUGGAAACAGAUCAAAUGUACGAAUACGAACAAAACAAUCAUAUGAGCACAGAUUCCGACGCCACUAUGUUUCAUGAUCAAGACAAACUAUCGGAUCAAAUGCACGACGAGGCCCCCGUUGAUGCUUCCAGUGCUCCCCUGGAUUUAACUAAACCCCGGUCCAGUGAUGCCGGUCAUGCAUCGGAUAAUAUUACCAUCAUUAAUGUUGUGUCAACGGCAACCGAGAAUGGCAGCACUGGUUCAUCCAAUGACAGGGAAGCUACCAAUAAGUUUAAAGAGAAAAGAAAUCCUAAAUCGGAGAGUGAGUGGGUUGAAUCGACGAGUUUGUCUCGUAAACCUCGUCGUACCACUGGGGGGCAGAAGUGUUUAUGGCCGGGGUGUGGACGGCACUUCCGACAUCGGAAUAUUUACGAGGAACAUCAGAGGUUACAUGAACUUGGUGUGUCAGUUACCCAACUGCACAAAUGUUACAUGGGGGCUCGCGUGAAGAAGACGGUUCGUCAACGCUUGGAUGAUCUUCGGUAUAGUGGGCCAACCAAUGGGAGGGCAGCUAAUACUUCAGAACUUGGACCCCCACCCCUUGACGGCAUGGGGGUUUCCCCCCACGUGAUACUCCCUGAGCCAACACUUGGGGGGCCAAGUCACACAAAAUCCAAUUCGGGCGUCACAGGCGACCCGAGUACAAAGUGUAGCUAAUAUUUAGCACAUAUGUAAACUAUGUAGAUAUGUUUUCAUGCUGGUACUAAUUGUCCAUCAUUUGUUUUUAAUCAAAAUAAAACACAAAGCCGUA